GUACACCUCAAUAUAUCAUUUAAUAUGGAAAGGGUUAAACGGUGGGAAGAGGUCACGGGACAAGUUUUAGCCGAAGGAGCUAGCAGGAAGCAACAAAAACCCUGUCCAGCUAGUAAAAAGCAGCAGGACCCCAUUCCAAGUAGCAUCCAUAGACCAACUAACGCAUUUGACGAAGAUGAUGAAACUACAAUAGAUGGCUCAGAUGGCUGGGAGUCUGAUUCCGACCUGGAUGAAGAAGAGGAAUUUCGUAAAGUCGAAAACGAAAUAUCCGACGCAACUUCCGAUGAACCACAAGAACAAAUGAAAACAAGAAAGUGCCGUAAGACAAAUAAUAAAUCCCAACAACAAACCUCGAUCAAAGUUUGUUCGACACCACAAUCUUCUGAGACUGAUUCAGAAGUGGACAAAGACGUGGAGGGACCCAUAUCGAAGCACACAAACUUUUAUGCAAAUAUUCAGUGGACCACUUGGGAGAGCAUCUUGCCACAAAAAGCUUUAACGAACAAAAAAUUGGAGUUCCAGGAAAGAUUGCCAAGAGGUCGCUGGGCCAGCAAGUUUUCCGACGCAUUUAAACGAGCUUGCCCAGAUCCAAUGCAAGGUUGUAUUUUGGCGUUCCAAGGGCACGAAAUUUACACGUCCGAUACGGCAAAAAACUACUUGCAUGCCGAUGCCAAGUGCUCUAAAUCAACGUGUUCCAUGGUUUAUCAUUUUUACAUACAAAGGAUAGAGGAGAUGGAAGAUGUUACUGUUCUCGUCAAGCCAUCUGGGACCCUCUUGCACAAAACUUCAGAGGUGGGGAAGCAAUUCUUGAGUGGAGACGAGAGGAAGAAAGCCUUAGCAAAGUUGGCUGAAACGUCAGCUAUGCAGUAUCAAACAAAGCUAUUCGCCAAGCAGAGUAGAAGGGAGCAAAAAAUUGCAUUAAAAAAAGGCGAUUACACACAAGUCCAGACUCUGCCAGUGUUGCGAAAUGCAAGAUAUGAGGCGAUGGGGAAAAAAGACCUGGACCGCGAAGUGUUGUAUGACCUAGUCCUGAGGAAACACAAGAUGAAUGCUUUACCCGACUUGAGUGGCCCAAGAAAUUUGACUGUCGGAUAUAUACAAAACAUAAGCUUGUUUCCUUUUGCUGUGACGAUGUUCCAGGAGAAGCAAUUAAAAAUACUUCAGCGGUUAUUGAAAUACGAUCGUAAUAUUUGCCUUCACAUCGACAGCACUGGAUCAAUUUCCAAUAAACUUCCCGAGUACAUUGAUUCCAAGAGGCAAUUCUACUAUGCUGUGACUGUCACCCUUUCAUCAGAGGAGGCACCAGUUAUACCUUUGCUUGAAUUCAUUACCAACUCGCAUACAGCUGUUUCAAUAUCAACUCAGCUUCACUUAUUCUUCGACAGGUGGCGAGAAUAUCAGUCACAAAAAUCUCGCUGUUUUGGCAUCAGACGUAUAGAGACAGAUGAUAGUUUAGCGUUAAUAUCAGGAGUUAUGAUGGGACUUGAAGUGGGAACAGUGUAUACGUAUCUCAAGGAUGCCUGGAAUAGUCUUAUGACAGAAGAAGAAAUCUAUGUAGUUUUCCACAUAUGCAGGAAGCACGCAUUGACCUUCUUGUUCAAACGAAUCGAAACGGAUUUUCGAUCCCGAGAAGAAUCUAUUAAACUACUUAAAAAAUGGGUUUACGCCUUUCUCUACGGAAAAUCUUUGGUGAGUUUUUGCCGACGUGUUUGGGACGUCUUAUUAAUUUGUGGGACGAAGCACUUUAAUCCAACAGUUGCUCAACGUAUUGACGAGCUGGAUGAGCCAACGUUAGCCGACGGAAAAGAUACAUACUUAUCCAUGGUGCCUGAUGCACUCCAAUAUAGGGAUGGUCCUUUUUACCAGCUCUCUCCAUUCGGCUACUUUGCUUGUACAGUUGCUGCUCGAUUUAAAAUUGAUCAUUCAAAACUGCAAUCUGCAGUAGCUGAGGAUACAAGUCAAUCAACGCAUACAGAGCACGAGAGUGAAGAAGAGGACAAUAUCCUGUCUCAAGGUGCAAAGAAAAAGAAAAAUCCGCAUUACUGCCCGGCCUUUAUAAACUACUGUUUGAAGCACAUUUUUCCGUACGGAUGCUUGUUUAAUCAAUCCCUGAUAUAUCUGAAUAAGAUUUCAGUGGCGGACGACACGCAGGCCACAGCCGAGUCAUGGAAUAGUAUUGUGAAGCACCGGUUUUUCAAAGGAAAGCUGCCCAUGAAGAUUGGCAGAUUUUUAGAAGCUCAACAGGAGAACUUGACGGGUCGGCUCUUAAAGUUUGAUUUGGCUUUACAACGAGCAUUGAAAGCCCGUAUCAAGUCGAAUUCCCAGCAAGCACCUGACUUUCAAAGCCAGGUGGCAAAAACCCUUAAAACCAUAAAGCAAGAAACUUCCGAUGAUAGCAAGAGUGAUGAUGAUGGCCAACCCAGGAUAAAAAACUUACCACAAACGCUUCCAAAGACCUCUAAUAAAAAACCAAGCAAGGUAAAGCAUGACAGACAGGAGGGCAGCAAAAAUGUGAAAAAUCACCCCGUCAAAUAUGCUGAAUCAAGUAGCAAAUUCCCCGAAACCGCCAGUGAGAAUUGGAAGGCAAAGAAACAAAAACCACCUCCGACUUCUAAUACCCAAACCCCCUUGCAUUCUAUUUAUAGGCUUCCAUACGGAGGGGACAUUUCUGUUCAUGGCAAAGAAGUGAAGAACCUUUAUAAUACAUGUGCUAUUGACACCCAAAUGCAAAUAUUGUAUACCAUGACAAAAAUGUUUAAAGAUGUGGAUGAUUUUUUGUGGAGACAUCAUGAAUCAGAAAAUGUGAAAGCUUUAUACAGAGUUUUUGAGAUGAUGGACGGAAAUAACGGUAAAUUGGCAAAGCAGUUUUUACUGGAAAAUUUUCUGAAAAUAGAGCCAAAAGUUUUGCUUUCUAAAAACCUUUUCGGCUCAGAAGGAAGAUUCUUGGAUUGUAUGUCUAACGUAAUUAGAUUGACGAUAUUUCGUAAAUGUGAAAACACUAAUUGCGUACUUCCUCAAGCAGAGGAAGUUUAUCCACUGUCCACCUUCUAUUUUUCUGAUGCUGACGAUUUCGCAUUUAAAUAUAACGUAAGGCGUUUGAAAACCUGCUCCUCCGGGUCAUGUAAGCGUUUGAAGGCAAAUUGUCAGGUGUGGUACGAUUGGCCAUCAGAGGGCGCCCCACCUUUUUUGGUUCAUAACAUAUUGGAGCUGGCUAAGGGUAGCACUUAAACUCCAAUAACCGAAGAGAUGAUUCCAACCAGUAACAUUAUCUUAGGUUCAAAGUAUGUCCCCUUUGCAUAUUCAGUUAGUUGUUCGAAUCAUUUUACGGCUGUCUUUAUCUACAACCGUAACAAGUAUCGUUAUGAUGGGCUAUCUAGCAAAUAUCUGAAAAAUUUUGAUUCAUCCGGGGAAGGUCAUAAAGUAAGCACCAUUUGGAUGAAAAAAAUAAAUAUGUUCUAACUUUUCUUAGUGACGACCAAGUGGUUUUGCAGUUAUGCGUCGAUCAACCAGCGACUUCUCUUUGAAAAAUGACCACGAUUUUGAUUUGUAUAAGCUACUCCUUUGUAUUUUUAAGUUCAAUGAUUUAGAUAAGAUAAUUUCAGGUAGAAAAUACAAAUAUAACUAGGAGUAGGACAAAUUUGCUUCGACAUAUAAUUUCAUAGUCUAUGAAUCAGAUUCAUAAAUAAUAUUAUUUGAAUCCACAAAACACAUACAUACACUUUAAACUUUCCAAAUAUUAAGAAAAAUUCACCCAUUGUCAGAGUUUGGAAAAAUCCCAGGAAAAUAAUUCGCAACAAAUCGUGUUGGUUUAUUACUAACGCAAUAUGUGUUGUUAUAUAUUUCUGUUGAUUAUUAGCUCGGUUUCGUCUUUAAUUCUUCCCCUCCAGAUCGAGGCGUUAAUUACUCAUUCAUCUAAAUUCACAAACGUUUAUUUUAUAGGUACUAAAUUUCACAAAAUCGUGUUUAUAAAGUGCUACUUAUAUCGACGUUCCUUAUUAGGGCGUACUAGAAAUCCUUGACAAAUUAUAUAUGUAUUCUUAAACCGUCAUAUUUAAUGUAUUUAUGCCAUAAUCUUUAUUAAUAUUAAUUCUUAAUAUUAAUGUUAACAAAUUAGCCAAUUCUGGGAUUUCAUUAAUUUUACUUAUUAAAAUAAAUAUUUCAUCAAGUAAAUGUAUAUUUUUUAUUAUAUGGAAACCAUUGAAAAAUAUUAUGCAAAAUUGUGCAGUAUUGUUAAAAAAAAGAUUAGUGAAACAACGAAGUGCAACAAGUCUCGUUGAACCAAUCUAAUUUGAAUAUUUAUAAGUUUAUUUUCUACUCAUAAUCUGAAAUAUUAUAAUUACAGUUUGAUAAUUUACUAUAAUUGCAAAUUAUUAGUUGUAUCUGCUGUUAGAC